AGAUAGCACAUUAUAAUUCCUCGCGAGCAUUGUGUAUUGUAUAUACCGACGAUCAUCGCGCAGCGCGCAGAGGAGCUCGCCUCGCUCGCGACAGCCCGAGUCUCGCCAGUUACUCACUGUGUGUCAUCCCGUUUUUGUAUAUAAACGCACCUAUAUAUAUAUAAUAAUAAUAUAAUAUACAAUACACAACAGAGAUCGCAGCUCGGUACGGAUAUUAUACUAUACAUAUAUAGUGCGUGCGCGUGUAAGUGUAUGUGUGUGUGUGCAGUGCAGCCCAACUGUGACUCCGUAUAGAGACUCUCUCUCUUUCUCUCUCUCUCUCUGUCCAAUGUGGUGUCUGUGAACUCCGAUAUUAUAGUGGUGCAUCGUCCGUACGUACCAGUCGGUACUAUAUUCUACAACUACUGCUGCUGCUACUGCUAGUAUACUCGCUGGGCUGUGCGUUGCAUAGAGUGGCCUGCGCGAGCUGCAGUAUACCAGCAUAGUGCAUCGGUGUUCAUCCGUUUGUUGUUGUUGUUAUUGUUGUUGUUGAUUUUUUUAUUUUUUUUUUCGUUCAAGUGGCAUUUACCUACGACUCAGACAUUUGAGUGUAUAUACUCGUCGGUGUGUGCGUGCGUGUGUGUGUGUUGUAAAAAAAAACUGCUGCUGUGUGCCUACAUAUAGCAAGUAAAAUAUAUUUUAUCGUGCGGCGGUGCAACGACGUCGAGACUGCUCCGCGUAUACAUGUCUCAACUCUAACGUCAAGUUAGAUACAUCAUAAUAAUAAUAAGUGUAUAUAAUUCCAAGACUGGCCUGUCACUGAACAAAUCGCGGACGACGACGACGACAACGAAAAAAAAAGAUGCGUCGACAAGGACAGGACGUGAUGCAGGUUAACCUGGCGGGCAUCAGGCGAGACAUCGUCAAUCUUGCCCACAAUUACAGCAAUGCGCAGAAAGCCGUGCGCAAAGCGACGAGCAACGAUCCCUGGGGCCCGAGCAGCACCUUGAUGGCGGAAAUCGCCGAUCUCACCUACAACGUCGUCGCCUUCACGGAGAUCAUGCAGAUGCUGUGGAAGCGGCUGAACGAUCACGGCAAGAACUGGCGCCACGUCUACAAGGCCCUCGUGCUGCUCGAGUACCUGAUCAAGACCGGCACCGAGAAGGUCGCCCAGCAAUGCAAAGAAAACAUUUUCGCCAUACAGACCCUCAAAGAUUUUCAAUACAUGGAAGGUCACAAGGACCAGGGCAUCAACGUGCGCGAAAAAGCUAAGCAACUAGUGGCCUUAUUGCGGGACGACGAGCGAUUGAGAAACGAGCGGGCCCGCGCCCUCAAAGCCAAAGAGCGCUUCGCUCAGUCGAUGAGCGGCUUCGGCAGCGACGGCGUCGACACCGUCUCACCCAGCAGCGACUUUCAGGAAUGGGAGCCUUGCAAUCUGUCGGAAUCCUCGUCGAGACAUGAAAAGUCGCGAAGAAGCUCAUCCUCGGGUGUCAUUGUUUCCGCAGCCGAGUUAGAGGCAGCUCGUCCGCAAACGGUCGGCGAAGAGGAGUUACAGCUACAGCUCGCGCUGGCAAUGUCAAGGGAAGAGGCCGAGCAGGAAGAGCAGCGGAGGCGCAGCGACGAUGUCAGGCUGCAGCUGGCCCUUAGCCAGAGCCAGCAAGAUUUCAAGGUGCCUCAAGAUAAGCAGCAGAGUCACUUGCUCGACUUGAUCGACGUAGAUUUGGGAGAAGCAGCGGCCGCGACGGGGAACGCUUCCUCUUCCUCGUCGAGCACCGAUCCAUGGGGAAUGCCGCUUAGCGUUGCUGCUGGCGGCGGUGCUGCUGCUGGUGCUGCUGCUGCCGCGGCAGUGCCGAGACCACAGUCGUUGGACUUUCUGUUUAGUGACUUUUCGUUAUUUUCGAAGCAGAGUCAAAAUGAUCCAUGGUCAGUUCCAUCAGCUCCACCUUCAGCCAGCAGUGCUGGUGCAGGUGCUGCUGCUGCUGCUGCAGUAUCAACUUCUGUUGAUCCUUGGGCACCAGUUUUACCUCAAAGGCCGACAUCGCCAGCUGCUACCGUUGAUCCAUGGAAAGUACCAGCUGCUUCACCUCUUACUGUUGCUGGAGCAGCAGCCCCUCGAGUUGAUCCUUGGGCUCCUGUAUCUGCAACUAACUCUGAAAAUAAGUCUCCAACACCAAUUGGAUUUAUUUUGCCCACUACAACAUCUUCUGUAACUACUGCAAGCUUCAAUUCAAACAACAGUAAUGGAUUCAAUGGUUUAGGGUCUGUUUUUAGCAAUUCAACAAAUCAAAAGAGUAGUCCAUUGGAUGAUCUUGAUGAAUUUGAUAUUAUAAGUAAUAGAAAUAAAGUUGGUACGAGUCCACUACCUUUGAAUAAUGGUAAUACAAAUACAACGUCACCAGAUCCAUUUGAUUUGAGAGAUCUUACUGAAACUAUACCAGCCAGCACUGGUGCUGUAAAAAAGACUCCACAAUCGUUUUUGGGUGAAAAUUCGGCUCUGGUAAAUUUGGACAAUCUUGUGAGCGCGACUACGCUAAAGAAUCCAACUCCCGCACCAGCACCAGCUUUCUCGGCCAAUCCAUUUGCUCCUGUGGCAUCUCCGCCGCGUCCGUCGAUCAACCAGAUACGGCAAGAUCCUUGGACCAUUGGAGGCGCAAGCUCGACAACACCCGCGGCUACUGCCAAUCCGUUCCUUUCGUAGCCGCCCACACGAACAUAAUUAUUACAUUUAAAUUCACUGCAAUCUGCUUCUGAAAAUCUUGAAAAAAUUAUCAUCAUUAUUGUUAGAGAAAACUUAGACGUAAUAAUCAGCUCUAUUCGUCUGAAGAGUACGCGUUUUUUACACUUAUACUCUUUUUUCAUGUAUGAUAAACAUGAAAAUGUAUUUUUCAAGUAUCUAUAAUAUUAUCUUUAUGAUUACUACUAUAAUUGGUAUGGUACGAAACCAAGCAGAUGAAUUUAAAAUUAUCAGAAUUCAUAUAAAGUGAAAUAUAAGUUGCAAAAGACGGUUGUUUGAUGAAAUUUUCAGUUACAUCAGGCAUUGGACUUGAGAAUUACUAGGACUGCUCGCAUUUUAUGAAAAAAAAACCCAUUCAAAUUUUCGCCUGCCAGCGCAUCUUUGUCCACCAUGUACUGUUGCGUCGUACAGGGUUUGUUUUUUUAUGUAUUUUGAUUUAAAAUGGAGAUUUUGAUUAACGAGUCCUAAAGAAUCAUGAAAAAAUUAACGUGUAAUUUAAGCCAGAGGAGCGCCAAUUUUUUGUAUUUAAUGUAGCGCACGUAUGUUCUACAUACUAAAUGACAAUUUUUAUGCCUGUUAGAUAUUGCUGUUCAUGUUGUGCUAAAAACCACUUAGAUCAUCCACGUAUGUCCGAUUGAAUUCUUUUUGAUUUAUAAAAUAAAUAAUUAUGGUUUUCAAGAGUCGGUGAUGGAUAUAAUUUUAAAUAAGUGUUACUGAGAAAAAAGCGAAAUAUUGAAAAAGACUAUAACGCAGUAUAGUACUUGUUUUGAAUGAGGAAAUGAUGAAAGAAAAGAUGAAUUAUAUUUUUAUUUUAAAUGUAUACAGAAAUGGUAACGGCAUGUGCGUUACAAACAUGCACUUUAUAAUGAAUUUUUGACCUGUUUAAUAACUUUAAUCAAUUUGUCAGGUCAAGUUAUUAACAAAUAUUUGUACAUAAAAAAAACUUCAUCGCCCUUUUGAUUUACAUUAAUUUAUAUAGAUCAUUAUGGUAAUACUAUUUUAUUUUAUUACGUAAUUUAUUCUUAGAAGAGGUAUCAUUAUUGCUCUAUGACGAUUUUUUAAAAUAAAAAGUCUAAAACAAAAUCUCGUCUUAGUAAAGUAGAUGUAGCACCUUUGAUUUGCAAUAAAUAAUUAAAUUAUCAACCAAUAACUCAAUUUAUAAUUGUAAAUUUUGAAAUAUACAUAGGGUUGUUUAGUAAAUUGUGAAUAAAAGUUUUUAUCCUGA